AUGAGUAGUCCUACAGAUGAGAUCAUACAACUAACUAAUGACGACGCUACAUCCAGUAAAGCUCAUGCCAUUUCUCGUGGAUACUGGAAAGACAAGUAUAUCAGGUAUUUUUGUUCCUCUCCGUCACACAAAACUCCGGAGAUUAAUCGUGGCUAUUUUAUAAGAACAACUGCAUUCAGAGCGAUUGCCAUAUCAUUUAUAAAGUCCACAGGUGGAGCCUGCCAAAUUGUAAACCUUGGUGCAGGCUCAGAUACAUUGUACUUCGCUCUAAAAGAUGCUCAGGAGACCCCAGAGCUAUACGUCGAAGUAGACUUGGCAUCUAACAUUCAGCAAAAAGCUUUGACAAUACAACGAAGAAGGCUUCUUGAAUCAACAAAUGCUUCACCACUUAAGGACGAUAAUUUAAACCUUACAAUAAAUCAAAAGACUUCUGUUGUCGACACACCACAUGAUAAUUUGCACUACGUUUUUGAAACGGGACGGUUUCACUUACUGAGUUUCGAUUUACGAAGAUCUGUUCAAGAUCUUCUAGAUGUUUUAUGUUCAACAGUUAAUGGGGCUGGUUGUUCCAAAAGUUGCCCAACUCUCUUCCUUGCUGAAUGCGUACUUGUUUAUAUGUCUCCAGAGGCAAGCUGUCAGUUAAUAAAGGGUCUUUCGGUAAACUUCCCACGUGCUUCAUUCCUGCAUUAUGAACAGGUUAAUAUGAGCGAUUCAUUUGGUUCUAUUAUGAUCAAAAAUUUUCGUGCUCGUUCCUGUGAGCUUCCUGGUCUUAAUGCAUGUCAUUCACUGGCUACUCAAGAAGAACGAUUUUUUAAGGCUGGUUGGAAAAAAGCCAAAGGAUGGACUAUAAAUCAAGUUUAUAAGAUGUUACCUUCCAGUACUCGAUACAGAGUAGAACAUUUGGAACUAUUGGAUGACCUUGAAGUGACAAUGCAGUUGUUUGAUCAUUAUUGUAUUCUCCUGGCAACUAAUGAUGAAAUAAUCUGCCCAGAUGAACAGUUGAAAGAAUCAUUAGCCACUAUUGAGUAG